AAAACCACUCUAUCAUAAUUGUCAUUAGUGUCAUUGUCAAAUGAAAAGAGUUCAAACUUUUCCUUUUAUUUAUUUUUAAUUUGAGGAUUUUUAUCUUUUUUUUAAACAUGUAGAAAGCAACUGAUCAAUUUUACAUUAAAUAAAAUGGCAUGGUUUAAAUGUUGCGGCCCAAAAUGUCAAAAAUGGUCUACUUUAAUAGUGGCUGCGGUAGUACUUGUUUUCGGUGUCAUUCUUGCUACGAUAUGGGAAAAGCAAUUUCAGAAAAUAUUGGAUCAUCAACUCUCGGUCUCAGAUGAGCAAACUAAGGGCUAUAAAAUGUGGAAAGAGACCCCUAUACCCAUGUACCUGGAAUUCCAUAUGUUCAACUGGACCAAUGCGCAUCUGGCCACGAAAAAUCCAGGAGUCAAACCCAUGUUUACGGAGAUGGGUCCUUACACUUUUUACGAGCAUCACAUACGUGAAAAUGUUACUUUUAACGACAAUGACACUAUUACUUAUAUGAAUAAGCGCACAUGGCGGUUUGAACCGACCAUGUCCAAUGGUACUUUGGACGAUGUCAUUACUAUGCUUAAUCCUAUUGCAAUUGUCGUAACAAACAUGAUAAAAGAUGAACACUAUCUAGUAAAACGAGCUGUCAACUUUUUCCUAGAAGAAAAACAAGAAACUCUAGCAGUCAAAAAAACCAUCCAGCAAGUGCUCUUCGAAGGCUACGACGACGUUUUAAUCGACAUCGCCAUCAAAUUGAACAUAAGCACUUUCAAUUUGCCUUUCACCAAAUUCGGUUGGUUUGUUGAUAGGAACAACAGCGUCACCUAUGACGGCGUGUUCAACAUGUACUCUGGCGGCAAAAACAUAGCCUUGUUGGGUCUAAUACACGAGUGGAACUACCAACACAAAACACCAUACUACAACGGCUCGUGCGGUUUGGUCAAUGGUAGUUCGGGUGAGCUUUGGUGGGCUCCGCACGAUGAUGAGACCGUCAGCAUUUUCGCUCCGGACUUGUGCAGCGAUGUGAAAAUGCACCGGAACGGUACAGAAACUCUCUAUGGAGUGGUGGGUAAUCGGUACGUCGCUCAAGCAGAUGUGUUCGAUAAUGGUACUUAUUCUGAGGAGAAUCGGUGUUUUGCUUCUGGAGUGAGGACUGGUGUGAGAGAUGUUUCUCUUUGCAAGUUUAAUGCUCCAGCCUACAUGUCUCUUCCACAUUUCAACUUAGCGGAUCCUUAUUAUAGACACGAAGUGGAUGGAAUGGAACCAGAUCCGGAAUUGCAUGGUGCCCAACUUUCUUUGGAACCAAACACAGGAUUACCAUUAAGAGUUCACGCUGCUUUCCAACUGAAUUUGUUGAUGACGAAAAUGGACGGAAUAGAUAUGUUCGCCAACAUUAAAACAACAAUGAUGCCAUGCUUCUGGUUUGUCCAAAAAGCCGAACUGGACAAAGAUUUGGCCAGUUUAGCGAAGCUGAUGCUCAAUGGUGGACCGGCUGGUACCUACACCGGUUAUGGUCUAAUUGGCAUCGGCGCCCUUCUCGUGAUUGUGUUCGGUGUGGUUACUUACAGGAAAGGGUGGGAAAGUAAAGACGAACAAUCCUUAUUGAAAAACGAAGAUCAAUAAUUAUUUUUCCUUUAAUUUCAAGCUGCCAAUUAUCGGAAAGUUGAUAUACUUGCAUAGAACUAAGUUGAGACUAUUCCAAACUCCAAAAGCCACUAUCUAUUGUUGGACAUUAUUUUGAUGGUUAAAUAUUUUUAGGUAGUUAAACUUCUUAUUUUUAGGAGGUUCAACUAACAUCAGUCGAGUUUAAGUUAAGGGACUUUUGAAACUUUGAUUGUACAACUGGGCCUUAAGUGUUCUAAAAAGUUUUAUGUAUCGUUUUGGAUAGCUUCAAAUAUUUUAACAUUUUUUACAUGCUGUGAUACGACUAGUGGAUUUGAGCACUCAUUAUUUUUUUGUAUUUAACAAGUACAUUUUAUUGUUGAAACAUUUUUACUUACUGUAAGUCUUAAAAUAAAGCACUUUAUUGUUACACACUUUUGAUAUUUAGAUAAAUUGAUAAACAUAUUGUUUUA